UGCUGUUACUGCUGUAUAUUCAAUUUCAUGAAUAUAAUCUCCAAUGAUGUUUCAACCUCCUUGAAAAUUUUCAUACAUAUGUUAUUGUUAUAUAAUUGUUUCGCAAUUUUGUUCUGAAAAAUGUUUGUAUAGAAUUGAACAGAAGAAUGUUAUAUAGUGCGUUAUGUAUAUAUUUUGUGACAAGGAUUAAUGGAAAAUUUCUACAGAACUGUUUCUAAUGAUAGUGGCACAUAUAAUUUGAAAUUGAAUGUCACACAAUUUAUUAACAACUGACUAAUACUGUUAUGAUACACUUCUUUAUUCAGAUAAUAACAGGUGUCAAAAUCUGUUGUCAUUCUUUUAUUAUUAUAGAAUAGUUACAGAUGAAACAAAUUUUUAUACAUUAUGUAUAUGCACCAAAUUAUAUUUAUAGCUGAACGAUUUUCUAAAUUUGAAACACUAUAAUUUUAUGAAACGCAUUUUAUUAAAUAAAUCUGUUUUGUUGUAAUAAAUAAAAAAAGAUAUGAAUCUUUUUCCAAACUGAACAAACUGCAACAAAAGGAUGCAACAAGGAUCAAUGGAUUAUUGAUAAAUUAACUAUCUGGAAGCUUUUUUGAAAUCAUACAGAAGUUGAAGAUAGUAAUCAUGAGGCUUCGUGCGAGAGUGCAGUGCAAAAUCCGUCUCCUAGAACCGUCAGUGGAGUUGGAACAGAAAUAUCUUCAGGAAUAAUGGAGUGCGGAGGAUGUGGAGAACGAGUACGAGAGCGAACAGUAUUAUGCGUUGGCGGACGAACAUGGCACUCAAGGUGCUUAAGGUGCUCGGCCUGUGCCAGACCUUUACACGACCAACAUUCCUGUUACCUUCGUGGCAUGCGCCUUUACUGUAGACACGAUUACACUUUAACUUUUGGAGCCAAAUGCGCUAAAUGCGGAAGGAGUGUUGGUGCAGGCGAUUGGGUGAGAAGAGCUAGAGAAAGGGUCUAUCAUUUGGCCUGCUUCGCAUGUGAUGCUUGCUCACGCCAAUUAUCUACUGGUGAGCAAUUUGCCCUCCUCGACGCACGGCUACUCUGCAAAGUUCACUAUCUUGAUGUUGUCGAAGGGAAUAAUACUUCAUCUGAUGAAGGUGGAGAUUUCGAAAAUGGUAGUAAAGGUGGAAACAAGGCAAAAAGAGUGAGGACUACCUUCACUGAGGAGCAACUAUCAGUGCUGCAAGCAAAUUUUCAGCUUGAUAGUAAUCCUGAUGGACAAGAUCUAGAAAGAAUUGCACAUGUCACAGGACUAAGCAAACGAGUAACUCAAGUUUGGUUUCAAAAUUCGAGAGCAAGACAGAAGAAACAUUUGCAUACUGGAAAAAUGAAAGGACAUGCCCACCAGUCGCCGCCAAAUUCAAUAUCAUCCCCUGCAGAUUUUAGUCGACAUAUCAAUCUACAUUUGACAUACUCCUUUCAACACCAGCAGCAACAACCAAAUCAACAACAAGCUCAAUUAAGUCCAACAACUUGCAAAAGUCCAACGCCUUCUUUAUACCAAAAUCAUGGAACAGACCACUCAAUGGAUGAUAUAUCUCAAGACUCAAUGAUCUUAUCCAUGCCGAAUGAAGUGUGAAAAUAAAAAUAAUUCUAAUUACCUAAAAAGUGAAAACUUUUUUUAAAUGUGACAAAAUAAUUUUAAAAAUUCGCAUACUAGCAUAUGGAGAAAAUUUUCAUUAACUUACUGAAAUGUGAUAAUAUACAUAAUAGAUCUGUUAGUUUAAUUAUUUUAAAUUUACCUUUAAUAUUGAUUUUUAAUAAUUAAAGGAAUUAAGCAUUUUAAUCAUUGAAAAAAACUUUUUCUCAGUGCAGUAUAAAUUAUUAUCUUCUAGUCUGGAAGUAAAAUUGUUUUUAUGAAACAUUGUUGUUUACAAUUUGGACAACACAAUUAAUUAAUUUUUUGUUAAUUUAAUGGUUUGUAAUAUAUAUUGUU